AAUUAUUAUCCAUACAUGAGCAGUCCAAGUGAGAGCACUCCUCAAGUUACAAGAACCAAGAAGUUCAUCAUUGAUGAUGAAGCCGACGAAUCAAGCAUUGUUCGUGAUAAGAAAGAGGAACCAAAGACAGAAAGUAAUGGGAAUACUCAGAAGUUAGAUCAUCAUGACUCAGCAGCUCCUAUAAAUCCCUCAAUAUCAAAUUUCACCUCCCUUCAGGAUAAACCAGGGACACCAAUUAAGACAUCCCAGAGUUCAAAGGUAGAAGCUACUGCUCCUGUGAAGCCAGCAAGAGAGGAAGAAAAAUUACUAAAAGCUCCCACUCCAAAGAAGAAUGAGGAAGAGAAGACCCCAAUACUACAGAAAAAGAACAGUAGUUCUGAGAAAUCUCAAAGACCACCACUGAUGAAGAAGCAAAGCUCUAAUGGCACUGUUCCUUCCAAACUCAACAAGAAAGCACAGGACUCUGAAUCUGAAUCGGAGUCAGGAUCUGGGGAAUCCAGUGAGAGCGAAUCUGGUAGCUCUAGAGAAAGCUCCUCUUCUUCAAGCGAUGAUAGCAGUGACAGCUCAGAUAAUGAACAAACUGGCCAAACAAAACUCAAGAUUCAAUUUAAGAGACGACUAAAGGAAAUCAAGGAAAUGAGAGAUAAGCCGGUUGAAGAGAGAAAGAUCCUGAUGAAACAGGCCCUAAGAAAGUAUAAGAAAGACGUACUAAGCCUCAAAAUUCAAGGCUUACAGAAGAAAAAGCCUUCAGCUGUAGCUAAGAAGGCAAAGGCAAAAGCUAAGCAGAUGGGUACAAAGAAGAGAGAAUUAAAACAGAAAAAGAAGCAAUCUACAAAAUCCAAAGAAGAGAAGAAAAUAAAUGUUGGGAAGAUUAAGAAGCCUCUUUCUAGAAGCAAAACAAAGUCCAGUAAAAAUAAGUCAAAAUCUCUCACUAAAGAGGAUUUGGUUAGUGAAGUAGGAGCAAGAUGGUGGUACGUCCUUCCAGAUUGGCCUCCAGCAGACCAUGACUACUCCGAUGGCCUCUCUAAAAGAAAGUUGAGGAAAGUAGAUGAUUCAAGGUUUAAAUUAGAACAAGAAAUUGACGAGAACGGACUUCAGAAAGUGCAAGAAAUUGAAUGAUACCCUGGGUGUUUCCAAGAUAGUAAAGGAAUCAUUCAUGACUUAAGGCCUCAAGAUUCUUGUCCAAGUAUUAAUAACUUAAUGAAAAAGACCACGAGCGAGCUGAAAGAACUGGCCAUAAAAGCUAUAAAAAUUCAAUUAGAGCAAUGAGAUGACACUAUCAGAGAAGAGCUAAAAGAAAAAUUAGAGAAAUUAUCUAAAUAA